UUAGUUGUUUACUUUUUUUUACGAUGCUCGAUCUGGCGAAAUAAUUUAUAAUAAUAAUUUAGUCGUGAAAAAAAAUAAUUGAAUUUAUUUAAACAAAAUUGCCGAGUAGUUUUUGUUGAAUCGUUAAUUCAAAAUGUGGUUCACCGGAAACAGAAGUAAAAGUGUUAAAAAAAAUGAAACUUUAAGAAACUCCGUUUUUGAGCUGCGCUCGCGAAUGGCGCGAAUGAUUUCCAUCGUUGAAAUUACAUCGCCGGAUUAUAAUCCGAUGGCAGGUCAGGAUCCAAAGUGGCAGAAAGAUGCCGCGGAUCAAAAUUUUGAUUACAUGUUCAAAUUGCUAAUUAUUGGUAAUUCUUCAGUGGGAAAAACGUCAUUUUUAUUCAGAUACGCUGAUGAUUCUUUUACGUCUGCGUUCGUCUCGACUGUCGGAAUUGACUUUAAAGUCAAAACUGUGUUCAGACAUGACAAAAGGGUCAAGUUACAAAUCUGGGACACUGCUGGACAGGAGAGAUAUAGAACCAUUACGACGGCCUAUUACAGAGGAGCGAUGGGAUUUAUUCUCAUGUACGACAUAACUAACGAAGAGUCAUUUAAUUCAGUGCAAGACUGGAUCACGCAGAUUAAAACUUACUCGUGGGAUAAUGCUCAGGUUAUUUUAGUCGGUAAUAAGUGUGACAUGGAGGAUGAAAGGGUGGUCAGUUUCGAGAGAGGUAAGCAGUUGGCUGAACAAUUGGGGGUACAGUUUUUCGAAACUUCCGCAAAAGAAAAUAUUAAUGUUAAGGCGGUGUUUGAACAACUGGUAGACAUAAUAUGCGACAAAAUGAGCGAGUCUCUCGACAAUGAUCCAGCAUUGAUGGCAGGCGGUGGCGGACAAGCGAAAGGACAGAAAUUAACUGAUCAACCGGCAAAUCCUUCGAAUCCCAACUGCAACUGCUAAAGACCUAACUAAAAUAAAUAUUAAAAUUCUAUAUAAAUAUAUAUAUAAAAAAAAUAAUAAUAAUAAACCGAUAAAAUAAAUGCAGAAUAAAUAAAAUAAUAAAAAAAAUAAUUUAAAUUUGAAUAUGAAGAUCACGGCGGUUGUGUUUAAAAUGUUAGUUAGACUUUAUUUUAUUUGUUCAAGCCGUAAAUUAUUUAAUCACUGGUUGUUUGGCACUCGUAAUGUGGUGACUCGUUAUUUAGUUAGAGAAUUUAUGAGAUGAUUAAUUCAAAUUACCUGAGACAUUUUAAAUCCGCACUGAGUUUAUCCUUCAAUGCGAUUCCGCGGCUAACGUUCACUUACCUUGUUACUAUUUAUUACUAAUUAUUAUUAUAAUUAUUAUAUUAAAAUAGUCGUGUACCAUCACGAAGACUCCCAACGCCCAGAUUAUUGAUUAUAUUUUCAGAGUAGAAUAUUCUUCUCGCCUUAUUUUUUUUUCUUUUUUUUAUAAGUUACCUAUUUAGUUUGUCAAUAUCACGGCGUGAUAUAUUACAAGCACAAGGCAAUACGUGCGUCUGUAUAAUUUAUUUUACGCCCGUGCUCGCUCGAUCAUUUUUUAUCAUAAAAAUAACAAUUGCGCUGGUACAAGUAUUUUAUUUAUUAACAAACAUCAACUGGACAUUUUCACUGUUUACUUUAGAUUAACAAAAAAAUAUUUUUUCUCUGUUGAUCUGUCAUUUUAUUAUCAAAAAAAAAAAAAAAAAAAAAAUGUCAAUUAAAUAUUAAGCAGAAAUGAAAAUUUUUUUUACUUGGACCGAUGUAAAGUUAUUUGUACCAGGCACCUUGCCCGCUGUAUAUAUUUAUUAUUAUUAUAGUUAAUAUUUUAUUAAUUUAAUUAAUUAAUUAGUUUAAAUUAUUAUUAUUAUUAUUAUUAUUAUUAUUAUUAUUAUUGAACUCUAUAAACGAAUCGUAUUGUACUCGUUAAUAAAUUACUGGGACCUAUUCUAGAAGUAGAAUAGGAAAACACAAAAAUUAUAAGAGUAAGGAAAACAAAAACUAGCCUGCGUCACUGAAAUUAAAUAAACUAUUUAUUUAAUAAAAAAUGAAAAUUACUAUAAAAAAUAAAAUAAAAAAGAAAUGUUUAAAUAUAAAGAUAUACUAUAUGUGUAUGUGAAAAAAAUGUAGCGCAAUAUAUCGAAAUAAUUGAUAUGACUAUGCGGAAAAUAUUAAAAAAAAAAAAAAAACUCUCUUAGUACUUUAUAGUAUAUAUUUUUCAGCCUUUUUUAUUUUAGUUCAGUGGCGUAUUCAACGUCGUCAUUACAGAAAUUGCAUACUCUGCGUUUAUGAGCUGUAUACGUCAAAGAUACUUUUCACCAAAAAAAAAAAAAAAAAAAAAAAAAAAAAACUAGAUAAAGUGAACACGAAUAGCCGAGAGAAGAGAAGUGUAGACAAGAGGAGAGAAGAGAAGUGAAUAUUAUUAAUUGAGUGCUAUGUUUAAAGAAUGCAUUAUUAUUAUUAUUAUUAUUACUAUUAUUAUUAAUAAUGAUGAUAAUAAAAAAAAUGAAUAUUAAUUUUUUGGUGGCGGACAAUUGUAUGUAUGUAUUGUAUCGUAUGUAAUAAUGCCUAAUGUUAAUUAUGGUAAAAUAGGUACAUGCAUAAAUAUGUUAAGAGCGAUUUCGGUAGCUGGGGGGUGAAAAAUAAGAUUUAUGAAAAGAUAUCAAUUUUAAAAUAAUGAGAACCAUGGAAAUCAACUAACGUAUAAAUAAAAUAAAUGAAAAAAAAAAAAGAAAAUGAUUAUUUUAAAUGUAGAUGAUGUCAGUUGUGCGACUGUAUUAUUUUUCUGAUGCGUGCGUGCAUGCACAGACUGAAAAAAAAAAUUAUGAAGUUGAUUGACAAAAAUGAAUAAAUAAAUUAAUAAUAAAUAACAAUAAUUAAAAAAAGAUUAUUGGCGGUCUGUUGUUACUAUAAACGUAGACAUGUGUAAAAAUGUAGCAGAUGCAUAUAUAUAUACGUAUAUAUGUGGCUCGAUUUGAAAUGGAGUAAAGUUAUA